GAGAGCAGCGCAGGGUAGAGCCAGCCAGCCCCAGGAAAGCUAAAGUAACACGUACACAAGGAACCCGGCUGGCUGCUCUCCUCACAGGACUCCUUCAUUUAGAACAAGGAUAUUACAAGACAAAGUGGUCACAGGACGACUGCACAGGACUAGUGCGCUACAGCUACUAAGAAGAGCGAUGGUCAAUAUGGAGAUUAGUGCCAUGGAUUGCAGUACAUUGAAAGCCCUCCUGGCAGACAGGGCACACAAGUGCCUGGUGCUGGACUGCAGGUCGUUCUUCUCCUUCAGCUCUUCGCACAUCAUGGGCUCCAGCAAUGUCCGCUUCAGCACCAUAGUGAAGAGAAGGGCUAAGGGCAGCAUGGGCUUGGAGCACAUCAUCCCCAAUGAGGAGCAGCGGUGCCGGCUGAUCGCAGGCUUGUACGAGGCUGUGCUUCUGCUGGAUGAGAGGACAUGUGAGCUGGACUCCCUCAGGAAGGACAGCACCAUGAUGCUGGCUGUCAGUGCCCUCUGCAGAGACCCCCGGGGCAGCAGGAUCUUCUUUCUUAAAGGUGGUUAUGAGGCAUUUUCAUCUGAGUGCCCUGAAUUCUGCAACAAAUGUUCUCCUCCAGUGGGACUGAGCUUGCCCUUGAGUGCCACCAGUAUACCAGACAGCGCAGAUUCCAACUGUACCCCCUGUGGCACCCCCCUCUAUGAUCAGGGUGGACCAGUGGAAAUCUUGCCCUUUUUGUACCUGGGCAGUGCCUACCAUGCUUCCAGAAAGGACAUGCUGGAUACCCUUGGCAUCACAGCCCUGAUCAAUGUUUCUGCCAACUGCCCCAACCACUUUGAGGGGCACUACCAGUAUAAGAGCAUUCCUGUAGAAGACAGUCAUAAAGCAGACAUCAGCUCCUGGUUCAAUGAAGCCAUUGAUUUUAUAGACUCUGUCAAAAGUAAAGGAGGAAGAGUAUUUGUCCACUGUCAAGCUGGUAUCUCUCGUUCAGCUACCAUCUGCCUGGCUUAUCUUAUGAGGACUAACCGUGUGAAGCUGGAUGAAGCCUUUGAGUUUGUCAAGCAGAGAAGGAGCAUCAUUUCUCCAAAUUUCAGUUUCAUGGGACAACUUCUUCAGUUUGAAUCUCAAGUUCUAGCACCAUCCUGUUCAGCAGAAGUCAGUAGCCCCUCAAUAUCUGUUUUGGACAGAGGAACAUCUACUACAACUGUCUUCAAUUUCCCAGUUUCCAUCCCUGUCCACCCAGCAGCAACCUCUUUGAGUUACCUUCAAAGUCCAAUCACUACAUCACCAAGCUGCUGAGGUGCACAGCAAAAGAACUGGACUCAAGCACAUGGACUAAAUGUGUUACUCUAAGUGCAAUAAUUUUUUAAAAACAUUUUAUUUUUAAACUUGGCUUUUAAGCCGUCACUUUCAAAGAGGAGUGACGGGCGAGAUAAACUGGUGAAACCACAAUGAACAUACAACUGACAUGACUUGUCAUGAUUUUGGACAUAUGUCCUGACCACUAAGGAGAUCAGAAGACAGGUCACAAUUGCCUUGUGUUUUAUGUUUGAAUGUUGUUAAUAAUCUCCGUUUAAUGGGGAUUCGACAGUAUUUCCAUUCCUGAACUUUUUGUACUGGUAAUAGUUGAAGAGAGGCUGUUGCCUAUAAAUUGUAAAGAAACGUACGUCCUUUAUUUAUUCUGCAAGCUUCGUCCUGCCUCCAGAUGCCUAAGAUUUCAGUUUUUCAACGAAGCAAAGAAGAAAUACCUCAGUAUUUUCUGGUACUGUAACUACUUUUCGUAAUUCAAGACCAGCUUCAGUUUCCAAAGCACUGAUUACAACGCACUAGGCCGGAGCCUUCUUCUGAGUUUGCUGACAAUUGUAUAUAUGCCACAAUCUUAUUUAUGACGUAAAAUAAUAUAUUUCUUCUCCUGGGAGAAGAUGUUUUUAAUACAGAACUAUGACUUUUUAUACUGAAAAGAAUAAAUUAUGACUUUGUAUUGAAA